AAUUUAUAACAUUGAUAAACUUCAUGGCAGCCCUAAGCUUUUUCGAUAAUAAGGUCCUGUUAUCCAAUUGGUAAAAUCCUGUUAUCGCGCCAACUGUUAGUUUUCUUGUAUUAUUGGAUCGAAUAAUAGUUUAAAGCAUAUUCCUGUUCAUUCUGAAGUAGAAAACGAAAUGGAUAGGACAACAGUCACACCGAGUCCUGCCUCCACGUACUGCUCCUUUUUGGGGGGUUCUCAGCACUCGCCGUUACGGCGAUCACAGCGCCUAAUCGAAAAGGAGAACCGCGAUUUGCCGAAGAUUCCGCCCAAAAGCCUCUCUCCUCAAUUAUUUGGAAACACUGAAGAUGAUUACAGUGAACUAUUGCUGCACCAAGAAAAGCCAGCAACCAAGUUAGUGCACUUGAGAUCCGUGGAGAAUGUGGACAAACUUCGAUCCCCAGCUAAAGUUCUCCAAUUGAAACCUUCCAAUAAAAUCGUCCACCUGAAGCCAUCGGAUAAGAUUAUCCAAUUAAAGGGUGAUGCUAAGAAACCCGGAAAGAACAAGUGUAAUAUUCAGAAAGGAGAUCCCCCAAGGAAUUCACAAAGGAGGAGCACGCAAUGCACUCCCAAAAAGCGUGGUCGAAAACCAAAGCCACCAACUAAGAUAGAGGCCAAAAAAAUUCAAUCAAGUAUUCCGAACGAUCAUCUAGGGAACACACCAUCGCCAUCGCCAUCGAAGCUGCCUGUCAAAUAUCCAGCACAUUUUGUUCAUCAACUUCCACCCGCAAAGGAUUCCAGCCCUGCCGUUCGAAGACGUUUCUUGUCUGCUCCGGCUACUGAAUUCCGCGAUCUGUGCCUCACACCCGAUGAGAUUCCAACUCCGGAGGGACAUGGUGAAAUCUUAAACAAAUCGCCGUCGGAUCUCGACUCCGAUGUCUCCAUGAACAUUUCCUUGUCCGAUUCCAUUGGCGAGAUCUUUGGCACCAAGGACAUAAGCAGAAUUCUGACCAUGCAGCGCCCGCGUCAGUACAUUUUGCUGGAGGAGCACCUGCCCACUUUGGCCACCAUGCUGAACGUGGACUUGGAGCGACUGCGCAGUGUGUUGGAAAUCACCCAGGGCCUAACCCACGAGCAGAUCCUAGGCUUUCCGAUAAAACAAGAGGUGGAGGAAUUGGAAGUAUCUUAGAAAUUAGUGACAUAUAACUGAACAUUCGAAAUGUUUCCACUUUGAAUAGUUUUAAUGUGAUCAUUCCAAUUGACCAAGUCCAGGAUCCUUAAGAUCCUUGUUGCUUUAAGUUAACAUUUAAAAUGUAUCUGUUUUUUUUUUUUGUAUAUUUUUAAGUGGUAUUUAAUUGUUGUUGUUUUUUUGUUGUUUGUUUUUGUUAUUUUGCCUUAGACUUUCAGAGUGCACAAGUUUUGUUUAAACCAUUUACUUUGUUGUAUAUUUUAAAUUACUAAUGCUAAACGUUAUCUAGACUUUAUUAUACUUCAUAAUUGGUUUCCUUUCCUCUACGACAAUACAGCAGCAAUCGAUCUGGGUUUUUGUAUCUGUUACUAA